AUGGAUAAUUUGGAAGGAAUGCUCAUGGUCCCCCCCGAACGGGGACAAAUUCUUGGUAGAGCUGUUUGGAAGCUGCGAUAUGUUGUUGUGGGACGACGUAACACCAGACUUGGCCUUGGUCAAUCACAGUCGAUAUCCAACGGUCGCAAUAACAGUCUUGGUGGUGGCAGAUCUUUCCCCAAACUGCCUACAGAGGAAUCCUGCAUUCUCAUCUACAAACACAAGGAGGAUGCUGAACCAAUCCAACAAUGGCCGAUAAACUCUAUCACAGACUGCCAGGUCCAGCAGGUCAACCAUCGAAAACAAGGGCCGGUUCUUCCAACCCUCGUCAUCUCUAUCGCCGAUAAAGAAAAAAAGCGUCGUUCAAGUCGAGCCGCCGGUCUGAUAUCUUCGAGCAAAGAGGCUAACGCAACAACUCUGUGGUUUCGUACACCCCCGGAUGAUCAUCAUCCAAGUUUACACGAGUGGGCGCGCAGCAUUCUUUCCAGGAAGUCACCUAUGAGCCCAGAAAGCCCCAUGUCGCCCCAAUUCUCAAAUCCGUUUGCAUCCAUGUCUCGUGAUACUUCCGAAUACUUCUCCCGACCUUCCAGUGGAAACCGAUCCGGUCGUUCUGAUCUACGCAGCCUCCAGCACAAAAGCUCUACUACUACUCAAUCGACAGCAACGACCACGACUACAACUAGAGAAAGACCGCUCACCAUUAGCUCCGAAUCGCCCAGUCUACGAUCAAAACGCAGCGACGUCUCUUCACCUUCAAGCAACAACUUCCCAAUACAACAAAUGAACUUUCCUAUCCCGGGACAGCAUUAUACUACAGUCCUUCCAACCGAUCUGCCAUCUCCUAUCAACACCACAGGGGACUACCAAGGGGAGUUUAUUGAAGGUUGGACAUCAGCUCAAGGUAGAUCAUCGACAAUGAGCUCGCCAAUCCGAGGCCGCAGUAGUAUUGGCUCUCAACCACCGCAUCCUUCCAUUGCCACAGUUGAAUCCAGCUCUCCACCUGGACCACGUGAGACUAUUCUUGACAGAGCUUUUCAGAUGCGGUGUAUUCCUGGUUCAGAGCGAGAGGUACCCGGAGAGGAGAAUCUGAGUUCUCUAGCUCGUUUUGACGCAUUGAUGCGGGAGGCCGAUGACAAGAUAAAACAGAGGGAAAAGGCAGAGCGGGCUCAGCAAAUGGCAAUGCGAAGUGCUUUUGAGGCAUCUGAAAGCUCCAGUGAAGAAGACGACAGUGAUUCGGACGAUUCGGACGAGGAUGCGUAUGGUGGUCUACCUGACCGGCGAGGGCCAGCUUUAAUACCCUCUACAACGCAGCGUGCACUCCAAUUUAUCGCUGAUCGUGGUGGUCCAGCACCUUUGUCACCAUCUGCCCGUUCCUCUGUGUCGAGGGCUCCAAUAUUACAACAAUCACCUCCAAUGCGACCCCAUACGGCACAUGCUAAAACUAGACCAAGUCCCACACAGCGAACCAACAGUACACCUCAUUUGAUCGCCAACAUGGCCAGGUUGGACGUGACAGCAUCAUCCAAGGUGUCGGAUGAUUCCUCAGUCAGGUCGAACGGAGAUAAACGCGUGUCAACAUCGAGCACUGCCACUAAAAGUAUUGAGAAGCAGCAGCUUACUGUUCAUUUAGACGAACCUUGGUGGGAGGAGUUCCUGGAGAAGCAGCGAGGUCGCCCUCCAGCACACGUCCCUUUCAUGUCGGACACUAAAUCUACGAUGAUCCGUCUUGUCGACUCUGGAUCAAGACUGACCCUUGGAAUUCAAGCGCUUUAUUCGGAUGACACAACGGCGCUGGCGUCAACAGCAGAGAUGGCGUGCUUUGUUGAAUAUACCACAUUGAUGAGUGAGAGUAUUUCGGAAUCUUUUAACGACGACUACCAACUCCCUGACUCGAUUCUACGUCCCCUCGAUGACGGCGAAGAAAUAUCUGUCGCCAUUUCCUUUGCCACGGAGCAAUUGCAAGAGACAUCGAUAUGUGUAGUUUUGGCGCACAUUGCAAGCUUUCUACGAUUUCGAUACCGAAUAAUGGCAUCGUAA